CCACUAGUAUAUCUGGAAUACAAGACUCUUCUAAGGUGAAUCUGGAUAACUCCAAAAUGGAUACCAUGCAAACCCUGGGUUUGGAACCUAAAAACUCCCGCCUUACUACAUCAACUCCGGUGCCAAAUUGUCGUUCGAGUUCUAGAAAUAAGAAAUCUAAUGUUUCCUUGAAUAGUACAAAAGCAAGUCCGGCUGAUUCGAAAGUAACAAAGAGAAGAGGUGGCAGUGAUGACAAAAACAUGGCCCAUAUUGUUGUUAAAAGACUGAGUUUAGAAAAAAGAUUAUCAGGGAGCCCAAUAAAGAAAAUAGGAGACCUUUUGAAUGCCACUCCCAUAAUCAGAUCCUCUGAUAUUAGGAGGGGUAGGCCGAGAAAAAAAACUCAAGAAAAUACACAGAAUACUGAUAACAAUGACAGUAGCUCCAGUUCAGAUGAAGAAAACAUCCCCAAGUCCAGCCAGACGAAAAAGCUAUUAAAUAAAAGAAAUGUCAAAGGCAAGACGAAAGGAAAAGAAAACAGAGUGUAAGUUUAUGUACCUUCA